UACUUGUGAAAGAUGGUGGAUCGCUUGGCAAACAGUGAGGCAAAUACUAGGAGAAUAAGUAUAGUGGAAAACUGCUUUGGAGCAGCUGGUCAACCUUUGACUAUUCCUGGUCGUGUUCUGAUUGGAGAGGGAGUGCUAACGAAGCUGUGUAGGAAGAAGCCCAAAGCGAGGCAGUUCUUCUUGUUCAAUGACAUUCUUGUUUAUGGUAACAUUGUCAUCCAGAAGAAGAAAUACAAUAAACAGCAUAUAAUCCCACUGGAAAACGUCACUAUUGAUUCCAUCCAGGAUGAGGGAGACUUACGGAAUGGGUGGCUUAUCAAGACACCAACGAAGUCUUUUGCGGUUUACGCUGCCACUGCUACAGAGAAGUCUGAGUGGAUGAACCACAUAAAUAAGUGUGUUUCUGAUUUGCUUUCCAAAAGUGGGAAGACUCCUAGCAAUGAACAUGCAGCUGUCUGGGUACCAGACUCGGAAGCCACUGUGUGCAUGCGCUGUCAGAAAGCAAAAUUUACGCCCGUCAACCGUCGUCACCACUGUCGCAAGUGUGGCUUUGUUGUGUGUGGGCCUUGCUCUGAAAAGAGGUUUCUUCUCCCAAGCCAGUCUUCCAAGCCUGUGCGAAUUUGCGACUUCUGCUAUGAUCUUCUUUCUACUGGGGAGAUGACUGCUUGUCAGUCCACUAGAUCAGACUCCUACAGCCAGUCACCUAAGUCAUCUUUAAAUGAUGUAUCUGAUGAUGAUGACGAUGAAGACAGUAGUGAUUAAGCACCAAAUGUUUUUUUUUUCCCAUGUGUUGCAAUUUGUGUUUCAAACUGUAUGGAGCUGCUUUUGGGGAAGUCUGUAGUGAGGUUCCUCAGAAAAAUCCUGUUCUAGCCAUAAAAUAUGCCUGAAUAUCUUCAAUUACGAUGUGCCUCAAUCUAUGAAUUCUUUAGACAAUAGGUUUUUCACUCCUCUGCAGGGAUAGACCGUUGCAAAUGUUAUCAGAGCGUUUUCCAACUUCUUAUACUUGAGUUGUGUCUAAGUUAGACUUUUGUGGAAGAUUGGAGAAUAAAAAUGUACUUUCUUAAUUUCACAACCCAUAUUUCCUAAUGCUUCAUAUUGAUAUGUUAUAUGGGUUUUUGGGAUAUGAGGAGGAAAACUGUAAGCACUCAUGGAACAGUGAUGUUUUGGUU